CGGGAUUUUUUUCCGAGUUAUAAGAUGUAAGACUUGUAGCCUGCUUCGAAGUCUUUCUUCUUACUCCCUUUUUCAUCUGCCCUCGUGUGACUGCGGUUCAAUUGUUUGGCCAUUGUCGCAAGGAGUCGAUACUCGGUUUUGAUCCAGAUCUCGGGCAUAUCGAGUACCAGAUCUCUUUCACGGGAUUAGGCAAUCGUUUCUGAUCCCCUUCAAGAUCAUCAAACCGUCAGAAGUGGUCAUCUGAUCCAAUGGCUCCCACCAGCUCCCAUAUCACCCCACGCGACUCGAAUGGCUGCCCGAGUAAUUUGACCGGCGGUGCGAUCGCCGGAAUCGUGAUCGGCUCCAUCUUCGGCACCCUGCUCCUCAUCUGGCUCUGGCGCUUCUUACAGCUACCCUGGGGCAGUGACGACCGGUCGGAUGUGGGCUACCGGCCUCCCAUUACUCGAACCGCGGCUGGGGACGACAGACGACGAAGAAGACGAUCCUCUAACGUGGACUAUUAUGUCGAGAAGCCACGGAGCAGUAGUUCGCGACGAUAUCGGGACGAGGUACGAAGGCCGGCUAAGGUAUACCUGUCAUGAGCGAAGAUAAAGUGACUAAGCUGGGAUGGAUGUGGUGAUGGAGUAAUGAUUGAUGGGUUUCGAAAGGCGUUCAAGUACAUAUUGGUUAUGGAUAUUUCUGAGGAUUGGGGAAAAGCUCGGACUUGGGACGAGACACGACUUCACCUGACGAACCUGUGAUGACUGGAUGUUUAUGCAUUGAUGGCUAUAGUUUUUUCAAUUGAAGCUUUCUUAUUCAUUGUUAC